AUGACAACAACAUUAUCAAUAUCACAAUUAUCAAUAUCAAGAUCACUAUCAACAUUACCAAAUACUAUUUUAUACAAUAUUAUAUCAUACUUGUUGCCUGGUGAUGUUGACCCUACUGUAUUGAUGAUUAGUUAUAGUGAUGAAGCAAAAGUUGAACGAUUUCAAUCACUAUUCAAUGCUGCGUGUCUUGGUAUGACGUGCAAGAGAUUAAAUAGGAUUGUAAGAGUAAAGUUGCCUUUAAAAGCAAGUCUAUACAUUCGCAAUGACAAGCAAAUCAACUCACUGCUGAUCAUGUCAAGUUUGGACAAGUCAUUAGAGACUAGUUACUUUAAUCGUCUUUCAUUGUCAUUUCAACACGAUCUUGAUAUAGACAGUGCCAAACUUGAACAAAUCAUUAACCAUUGUCGUUUGCGCGACCAUGAUGGUGGUGAUGACGACGAUGAACAAGAACUCAAAGGAAGAGUAGUAUUAAAGAAUUUGGAUAUCAACAAGGCAUUGUGCAAGACACUCAAAAUAUGUCGUCUACCCGACGACAUUGAAAGUCUAGGUAUUGAUUCAAGUGUAGAUACAUCAAUCAUUACAGAUGAGCACUUUUAUCCAAAGAAAUUAAAGACAUGUAGGAUAAUUGGUUUCUCAAAGAUCAACUUUCCAAUACCUCUACACGUUACGGAAAUGAUGAUUAUCUUGGCAAGUUUCACAAACCCAACUCUUGAUGGAGUGGUAUUUGGUAGAGCACUGACCAGUCUCUGUUUAUAUGGUGCGGAUAUUCCAAUCAAAAAGGGGUUGUUUCCUCUUGACGGAUCACUUCGAACCGUUUCUUGCCAUGCUUCUAGUCUCGAGGUUGGAGUGUUUCCUCCGACUCUUAGAACACUGGAUUUAGGUUAUACUUUUAACCAACCUCUUUCGGUAGGAUCGUUACCAGAGGGACUUGAAAACCUCACCUUUUCCUAUUGUUAUAGCAAUACGAUCGGUAAGGGUGUGUUACCCUCUACGUUAACAAACAUAAAGGGUGGAGUAAACGGCGCCAUGAUGGAGCCAGGGUCACUCGAUCUUUGUAGAAAACUCACCAAGCUAGUCGUCCUCCAAUCAAAUUUCCAACCCAAAGUACUACCCCCUUGGAUCAUCAAUCUUGAAAUCGGUCAAAUCCAUUCCGUCCCAACCAAUCUAAAUGAUACAUUACAAGUUUUAAAAACCUCUCAAUCUAUUACUUUACCAAAUUAUUUACCUCAAUCAUUAAAGAUUUUACAAUUUAAAAUUGAUGAACUUCUACCAGGAAUUAUUCCACAAGAGAACCUUACGGAAUUAUCUAUAAUAGGACAAAGAAUAUCUUAUGUGAUGCCACUUGGAGAGUUGUUACCAUCACAUUUAAAGGUUUUGGCUUUUCCAUUUCCUUCACAAAGCACACCUUUUCAAGUAACUGAUAUUCCACAUAGUCAAUUGGAAAAGCUUACAUUACAAGGCGUGGGAGAACAUGAGAUUGCCUUUCCAGCCAAUUCAUUUGACAAUCUUACUUUUCUCGAGAUUCAGUCAUUCAGACAUCCGAUUGGUUCACUUCCACCAAACUUGGUUCAUCUUAGAAUGUCUCAUACCUAUCCUCAUCCACUACCACCUUUACCAAAUUCGAUAGAAUCCCUUAAAUUCAUUACAUUGGGUCAACAGUUUUACCUCAAUGAUCGUCCAUACACAUCAGACUAUAACAUGUUACUUUCUCAAUCGGUCAAUGGAAGCGGUCUGCCACCAAGUCUAUCAGUAAUAUCCUAUACAUUGCCCUGCAAAAUAGGUAAAAAAUCAAAGAUCACUAUCGUUGUCGAUACGAUCAACCAUUACAUUCCACCAACUCCCAUUAUCAGUGAGGACAGACCGACAAAAUUUAAUCUUGAUUUUAUUGACUUGGUCAAGAACACUACCAAGAUUAUGGAUCCCACUCCUGCCUACUCUAAAAAUAUCAUAUUGGUCAGACCACUCAUUACAAACGAUGAUCGUUCUUUAAUUGACCAAGUAUUCUUUUACAAAGCAGACACAAAUUGUACUCUUUGCCUAAAUUCAGUGACAAACGAAUCCAUUAGAGAAGCUCUAUUGGCAGUACUCCAAGGACACACCAAUACUGUAACAUCUGUCAUUUAUGAAUACUUGGAUAAACAUAAAAAAGAUGAAGAUGAAGAAGAAGAAGAUUGUGGAAUAUUUUGGUAA